CGUGCUUAGUCGUGUCAGUUGGAAGUAGCGACUCGGCGAGAAAAGCAAUGGAUUUAUUCAACUGAACUGUGUCUCGAAAAAACACAAAAUUACUGCAUUUAAACUAGAAUAAAGUACAAAAAUAAAGUAUUUGACGGCAUCAAUUGUGAUAGUUGGCUCUGUAUUUGUUGACAACGACAGAGAACGAAAGCGAUAACGGAACAAAAAACAGAACAGAGAACGUGCGCUUGUCUAUAUUUGUGACUUCGUUGUGUUUUUCCGUCCAAUUAUUCACGGAAAAUCAAUAGUGACUGUGAAGGCGCAUUGUACGAUAUCGACGAGUAUCGGAACGAUAGGAAAUACCAAGGGAAACUUGAGUUUUUCAACAAAAAGAGAAAAGCCGUCAAGUUUUGUGUUCGGAGGAGAGCAACAACCGGAGAGGUAUUUAACAAGGAUCAAGAAUCCAGCAAAGAUAACAAGCAGAAUCAAGCAACAUGGCAAAUUUGCUGACCACUCAACGGUACCAUACGGGACCCAUUGCUCUGGACCGAACAGUUCUCGAUCAGGUGGACAACAACACGAACACGACGCAGCUAUUUAAAAACAAUUUCAACAACAUCAUGAACGAUCUAAAUCGAGAGGAGGCGCGCUUGAAAACCUUCAUCAACUGGCCGCUGGAGUGGCUGGAUAAGCACCAGUUGGCACAGACGGGCAUGUUCUACACGAACGUCGACGACAAGGUCAAAUGCUACUUUUGCGGCGUGGAAAUCGGACGCUGGGAGCAGGAGGAUCAACCGGUGCCGGAGCACCAGCGAUGGUCGCCCAACUGCCCGCUGCUGCGGCGCCGCACCACCACCAAUGUGCCGUUGAGCGGGGAGGAUCUGGAUCGCGUCCUGCCACCAAUCAGCUACGAUAUCUGCGGUGCCAACGACUCGUCGUCGGCGGUGGAGCUGAGGGAGCAUGCCUAUGCCGAGGGACGGAUACCCAUGUCGCACAUAAUCCAGUCGGUAGGCGUCAGCCCAAUAGUACCUUCGAUGCCGGCGAUGAUUCGUCCCGACGCCACUAUCGCGUCGAUGGCAUCGACGGCCACACAGGCCAACGGCGAUGUCCAGCCAGAGACGUGUCGCGCCCCUGCCGCCAGCGGCAACUACUUCCCCGAGUACCCAGAGUUUGCCGUGGAGUCGGCUCGCCUGCGCACCUUCGAAGCGUGGCCAAGGAACCUGAAACAGAAGCCCCACCAACUGGCCGAGGCGGGUUUUUUUUAUACGGGCGUUGGGGAUCGCGUCCGCUGCUUCAGCUGCGGCGGUGGUCUCAAAGAUUGGGACGACAACGACGAGCCCUGGGAGGAGCACGCCCGGUGGUUGAGCCAAUGCCGGUUCGUAAAGCUGAUGAAGGGACAAGUGUAUAUCGAUACAAUGAGCGUAAAGCCAGCACCAGUCGAGGAGAAGGAGCAGGAUGUUGGCCCAUUGGCCGAGGAGGUUGUCAGCACCGCCAGCAGCAGAAGCACGAUAUCAGCCGAAGAGGAUGUGUCGUCGUCCGCGGCAUCCAGUUCAGGGGAUGUGGCCCCAUCAGCACCAGCGGCACAGUCUGCUGCCACUCGCAUCUUCGAAAAGAUCGUCGAGUCUACAGCUGCGUCGUCCGUGCCAACUGCAAGCAACGGUUCGACCAUACCCGAGGAGAAGCUGUGCAAGAUCUGCUACGGCGCCGAGUACAACACGGCAUUCCUGCCCUGUGGCCACGUUGUGGCCUGCGCCAAGUGCGCCUCCUCCGUCACCAAGUGUCCGCUGUGCCGGAAGCCCUUCACCGACGUGAUGCGUGUAUAUUUUUCUUAAAAUCUAAUGUUAACAUGACGAUGAAUGGUAUCUCAAGUGUUAAUCAAAAUAAUAAGAAAUCGGGGUUCAACCGGCGAUCGCAACGGCCAGCUGUUGGGCAGCCCUGCACCUGGCCGUUGCCUU